AUGACAGCUAACAAACCUGACAUCAUCAUUAAGGACAAGAAAAAAAAGAAUUGCAUCAUUAUCGACGUCGCGGUUCCAUCAAAAAGAAAUACGUCAGUCAAGAUCAGUGAGAAGCUAUCAAAGUACAAAGAUCUUGAGAUUGAAAUCAGCAGGACGUGGGGUAUGAAGACGGAAACAAUACCUGUGGUCAUUGGUGCCUUAGGGCUUAUGAAAAGGGGAAUAGUAAAAUUCACCAAUCGUAUCCCUGGUAACAUCAGCAUCUACGAAAUACAAAAGACUGCCUUACUCGGAACAGCCCAUAUAUUAAGGAUGAAAUAA